AUGGCUCCACAGAUAACGUUUGUUCAAUUGACAGAUUAUCUAGCUGUUCCUUUAAAGCUUUUUGUGAAACCGGAUUUGUUGCCGUCUAAUACGUCAACAACAACGAUAAAUGAUAAAUCACCAAUUUCACUCCAUAAUAUAACAUUUCAUAAACUUCAAUCACGAGAGAUCCAAAGUCUUAUUUCCAUUGUUUCUCCACAAAUAAGACAAGUCCUUUAUUUUGAUCCACUUCCGACGAAACUAACCGAGUUUCGAAUAGAAAAAUUAAGGGUUGAGGUGCCAAUGGAGGUAGUUUUUCAAGUGAGAUUCAAAAUGGGAUUGAUUGAAUAUGAUGAUGCUAGAAAAUACCUAAGUGAAAACGGAAUGGACCUAGUUUUGAAAAAGCGAGACUUUAAAUUCAAAGAGAAGAAAACAGAAGUUGAAGUGUUGAUUGAAAGUGAAAGUAGCAAUGAUGGUGAUGGUGAUGAUACUAUUGAGUUUACUUUAAAUGAAAACGGUGAGGCCAAAUCGAGAAUUGAUAAGAGACCGAAAAGGACAAAGGCAACAGCAAAGAAAGACAAUGAAAAGGAUAAGAAAAUAAAAGAGAGAUACUCAUUCAGUGGACGACGAAUCGUUGGGGAUAUUGCAACUUGUAUUAGAGUAUUUGUACAAGAAUAG